CAGCCAUCACCAUGUCGGUCCCAAGCGCACUCAUGAAGCAGCCGCCCAUUCAGUCUACGGCUGGGGCGGUCCCAGUUCGCAAUGAGAAAGGUGAGGUUUCAAUGGAAAAAGUGAAGGUAAAACGUUAUGUGUCUGGAAAGAGACCAGAGUAUGCCCCUAUGGAGUCCUCAGAGGAAGAGGAUGGAGAAUUUCAAUUCAUUAAGAAAGCUAAGGAACAAGAAGCAGAACCUGAGGAGCAGGAAGAGGAUUCAUCCAGUGACCCCCGACUUCGGCGUUUACAGAAGCGCAUUAGUGAAGAUGUGGAAGAGAGAUUGGCUCGACACCGGAAAAUAGUGGAACCUGAAGUGGUAGGAGAAAGUGACUCAGCAGUAGAAGGAGAUGCUUGGCGCAUGGAACAGGGAGAUAGCAGCAAAGAAGAGGAGGAAGAAAUUGAGGAUGAGGAAAUAGAGCGGCGCCGUGGCAUGUUGCGUCAGCGAGCACAGGAGAGGAAAAAUGAGGAGCUGGAAGUCAUGGAAGUGGAAGAUGAAGGUCACUCUGGGGAGGCGUCGGAGUCAGAGCCUGAGUCUGAGGAGUACACAGACAGUGAAGAGGAGAUGGAGCCUCGACUUAAGCCUGUCUUCAUUCGAAAGAAGGACCGGGUGACAGUUCAAGAGCGAGAAGCUGAGGCACUGAAACAGAAGAAGCUGGAACAGGAAGCAAAGCUCAUGGCUGAGGCAUGUCGCAAGUACACACUGAAGAUUGUAGAAGAAGAGACCAAGAAAGAGCUGGAGGAGAACAAGCGGUCUCUCGCCGCACUGGACGCACUCAAUACUGAUGACGAAGAUGAGGAGGAGGAGCACGAGGCAUGGAAAGUCCGAGAGCUCAGAAGAAUCAAGAGGGACAGAGAAGACCGAGAAGCGCUUGAAAAGGAGAAAGCAGAAAUUGAACGCAUGCGAAACCUGACUGAGGAAGAAAGGCGGGAUGAACUUCGGGCAAAUGGCAAAGUCAUUACCAACAAAGCUGUUAAGGGCAAAUACAAGUUUUUACAAAAGUAUUAUCACCGGGGUGCCUUCUUCAUGGAUGAGGAUGAAGAGGUCUACAAGAGAGAUUUUAGUGCACCUACUCUUGAGGACCAUUUCAACAAAACCAUUCUUCCAAAAGUCAUGCAGGUCAAGAAUUUUGGACGGUCUGGUCGUACCAAGUACACCCACCUUGUGGAUCAAGACACCACUUCCUUUGACUCUGCAUGGGGCCAAGAGAGUGCCCAGAACACAAAGUUCUUUAAACAAAAGGCAGCUGGGGUACGUGAUGUAUUUGAGCGACCAUCUGCUAAGAAGAGGAAAACCACCUAGGCUUCAACUGCUUAUUCCAACGUGGGACACAAGGGGAGCUGGUCCUCAAUUUUCAUUAACC